UGAAUGGAUGUUGCAAGUUGUUGGAGCUGCACCAGGAUCUCAUGCAAAGCACAACUACUUUGAGGUUUGGAGAAAUUCACAGGAAUACCAAGAUGUGCAAAAGGAAAUCGCCACCAUGGAAACUGAGUUGUCGAAAUUGCCAAGAGAUGAAGACCCUGAAGCUAAAUACACAUAUGCAGCUCCGAUUUGGAAACAAUACUUAAUUGUCACUUGGAGAACUAUCGUACAAGAUUGGAGAACUCCAGGUUACAUAUACGCAAAGGCGUUUUUGGUUAUCUCAUCGGCUCUUUUCAACGGGUUUUCGUUCUUCAAGGCGGACAGGACGCAACAAGGUUUGCAAAAUCAAAUGUUUUCCAUUUUCAUCCGAGAUGCCGUAUCAAAUUGCGGUUNGUUAUAUGCAAACGCCGAACCUACUGACGCUGUUAAUCAACGAGGUGUGCUUAUGUGGCUUUUCAUCAACUGUUUCUACGUCUACACGAGUACCAUGGCCUUAUUAUGUAUUUCAUUUAUGGAACUUGCUGACAAUGCUGCAAAUCUUGCAACACUUUUAUUUACAAUGUGUUUGAAUUUCUGUGGUGUGCUCAAAACUGGUGAUGAGUUGCCUGGUUUCUGGGUCUUCAUGUACCGUUGCAACCCUUUUACUUAUUUGGUUCAAGGAAUGUUGGCUACAGGGUUGGCAAACACUUCAGCUGAAUGUUCGAGUACGGAGUUGCUGACAGUUGAGCCACCCAGUGGACAAUCCUGCUCAUCAUACUUGAAGUCAUAUGUUGAAACAGCUGGUGGCUACAUUGUUGACACAGAUGGGUGUCAAUAUUGCUCAAUUAAGGAUACCAAUACCUACUUGGCAUCAGUCAAUGCUAGGUACAGUGAACGAUGGAGAAACUUUGGAAUUGUAAUCUGUUUCAUUGCCGUUAACAUUAUAUUUACAGCUGCAUUGUACUGGCUUGCUAGAGUCCCCAAGGGAAACAGAGAAAAGGAUAGUAAGAAUAAAGAAAAGAAGUAA